ACUUUUCAGACUGAUUAGAAUGUACUAGUCAUAUGCUGACAAUGUCAAAUUUUAACUCAGAUUUUCAAAGGAAAGAAAUUUUGCAAGCUGUAAUUUAUGGGGAUGACUUCACCCACCAGUUUGAUCCUUCAUCUGGGAAGGUUCAUAAGCUGCUUCUGCCUUUGGUGAACACUCCAUUGGUGGACUACAGCCUUGACUGGCUACAUCACAAUGGUGUUGAAGAGGUUAUCAUUUAUUGCAAAGAUGGACCUGCUUCUGAUGAAAUCAAAAGACAUUGCAAAUCAGUGAUAGAGAGGCGCAAUUGGAAAAGCAUGUCUGUUCGAGUCUUUUCAUCCGCUGACGUCCGAUCCUUGGGAGCUGCAGUUCGAGAUUUGUAUGCCAAGAACAUCAUACUUGGAGACUUCCUUCUUCUCAAAGGAGACACUUUAUCCAAUUUGAAUAUUCGCAAGCUUAUGGAUGCUCACAAAGCACACAAAACAUUAGACAACAAGGCUGUAAUGACCUGUAUCUUCAUGCCUGCUGAACGGCCAUGGAACCAGAGCUCAUCUGAGACUAUAAGAUGCAGCACAACAGCUCCUCAGAGCUUCAGCUCACUCAGAGUAUCCACAGUCGCCACUCUGGACGGAAAAAUUCUUGCCUAUCAACGACAUCGGCGAGGCACUGGCCUCUCCUUCCCAUCUUACUUGGCGUUCGAGUUGCCGCGCGCCCUGGUGUCUGCACAACUCGGGGACCCUUGCAUGAGCGUGUGCAGCGUUGAGUUGCUUGGUCUCUUCGCUGACAACUUUGACUGCAUGACGAGUGACAGCCUCGUCAAAGGGCUGCUGCAGCCUGACGACCUCAACGAUUGCGCCGUGUAUCAGCACAUUCCCAAGCACGGUUAUGCUGCCAACAUCACAACUUUUAAGGACUAUGAGAAAGUCAGUCUCGACAUGCUGCGGCGAGUCUUCACUCCGCUGGUGCCGGAAACUUCAUGCACGAGCGGCAGACGAAGGUACGCUCACGACGGCCUACGCCAGCACUACUGGGCGCCCAGCAGCUCCCUCGGGUACCAAGCCUACCACGAGCCCCACAGCUACAGGCUGCAGAGCGCGCACAUUGGCGUGCAGCUGCUUUUACGGCGGCCUGUGCCCCAGGUGGUGCUUGGCGAAGGCGUGCAACUGUCGCCCAAAGCACGCGUGCGCUCGUCGGUGCUUGGCAAUCACUGCAUCGUUGCUGAGGACGCGUCUCUGGACUGCGCCUUCUUGGGCGACCACUGCAACAUUGGGGCGGGGUGCGUGCUGACUCGGUGUUUCCUGGGCGCCAACGUGACCUUGAAGCCCAACACUGUCCUGGCGCCUGGCUGCGUCGUCGCCACCGACGUGACGCUCGGCCCUGACGUGCGCUUGGAGUGCGGCUCGCUGGUCACCUCGGCGGCAGCCUGGCAGCAGGUCGAUGAGUUUGAACGAGACGAUACUCAAGUGGAGCGUGUUUCUGAAAAUGGCUUGCGGCUGCUGCGGCCUGAAGGCGAAAGGGAUGAAGGGCUGAAGCUUGACGCUGAUGGUCAGCACCUGCCCAUUUGGGGCCUUCGUGAUGACGACUUCCUUGUCGUCGAGGAGGCCGACGACAGCACCACUGACGGGGACGAGCUCGACGGCCCAGCGCUCGACGACAACGGAGACGUGCUGGACGAGGACGAGCAGAAAGAACUGGAGUUUGACUGCGAGGUCCUGGACAGCCUGUGUAACGGCGUCAAGAGCAAGACUGAGGCUGGCAAAGUCGUCUUGGAAAUCAACGCGUCGCGUUACGCGUAUAACAUUCCUCUAGAGAACAUGCAACGCAUCGUAUUCAAGAACGUUUUGUUGUGUCAUGAGCGUAUCGAGGGCAGAGACGACACGUGGCCUGCGUGGCCCAACUGCAAGCGAGGCCUGGCCCUCUACCAGCCUGUCCUCGAGCGCUACUUCAAGUCCGCGUCCGACUACCUCAACACUAUUGAGUCGCUCGUGGAGGCGGACGAGCGCGUGCUGUCGUGCGCCGUGAAGCUGCUCUUCGAACUCACGCAGCAGCUCGAGGUGCUGGAUGACGGGGAGCUGCUUGCCUGGUUUGAGGCCGGCGGCAAGACGCCAACAUCUCCCUCAACUGCCUUCUGCUCCUUCAAGGAAAAGGUUGCUGGGUUCCUUACUUGGCUCCAGACAGCAGAAGAAGAAUCUGAAGAAGACUAGAAUGUCUCGACAUCAUGUCAUAUUUAAUUCAUUGUUCUUUCUUCACUAUUCUUUCCAAGCAUGUUUCAGCUUUAUAGCUGCUGCCACGUAUCAGCUCAGUCAGUCGUCUUCACUGUCGAGAACGUUGUAUGGAAAUUUGUCAAGUCUGAUAUUUAAAAGAUCUUAUUCACAAGAUGCGUGCGCCGAAUAUUGAUAUUAGGAACGCAAAGUUUUCAUGAAAUGAGACACAUAACGAAAUAAAUCGUUUCA